AGAGCCCCAGCCCGCAAUUCUCAGACAGAAAACGGACACCUAGACCGGAGCCACGCAGAGGAGGCCAAGGCUGCCAGCAAGAGGCUGCAGGGCCGGGUACAGGGCCUCCUGACGUCGGCUCCCCGCUCCGUGCCGCCGUCCCGAGCCAUGAUGAAGACCUUGUCCAGCGGGAACUGCACGCUCAGUGUGCCCGCCAAGAACUCGUAUCGCAUGGUGGUGCUGGGCGCCUCGAGGGUGGGCAAGAGCUCUAUUGUCUCCCGCUUCCUCAACGGCCGCUUCGAGGACCAGUACACGCCCACCAUCGAGGACUUCCACCGGAAGGUCUACAACAUCCGAGGCGACAUGUACCAGCUGGACAUCCUGGACACGUCCGGCAACCACCCCUUCCCUGCCAUGCGCAGGCUCUCCAUCCUCACAGGUGACGUCUUCAUCCUGGUGUUCAGCCUGGAUAACCGGGAGUCCUUCGACGAGGUCAAGCGCCUCCAGAAGCAGAUCUUGGAGGUCAAGUCCUGCCUGAAGAACAAGACCAAGGAGGCGGCGGAGCUGCCCAUGGUCAUCUGCGGCAACAAGAACGACCAUGGCGAGCUGUGCCGCCAGGUACCCACCACCGAGGCCGAGCUGCUGGUGUCCGGGGACGAGAACUGCGCCUACUUCGAGGUGUCGGCCAAGAAAAACACCAACGUGGACGAGAUGUUCUACGUGCUCUUCAGCAUGGCCAAGCUGCCCCACGAGAUGAGCCCCGCCCUGCACCGCAAGAUCUCCGUGCAGUACGGGGACGCCUUCCACCCCAGGCCCUUCUGCAUGCGCCGCGUCAAGGACAUGGACGCCUACGGCAUGGUCUCGCCCUUUGCCCGCCGCCCCAGCGUCAACAGUGACCUCAAGUACAUCAAGGCCAAGGUCCUUCGGGAGGGCCAGGCCCGCGAGCGGGACAAAUGCACCAUCCAGUGAGUGGGAGGGACGCUGGGCUGGGGCUAGGGCAG